AUGGCGCCGCCGUCGUCGCAGCAGGGGUUUCGCCUCGCGCCUCUCCGCGCGCUCCUGCUCGCCCUGCCGGCCCUGUCGCUCCUCCUCCUCCUCACGCUCCACCUCCCGGCGCGCCACAGCCCGACCCCUCCUCCUCCCCCAGUCCUCCCCAUAACGCCCCUCCGGGCCACCACCACCACCGCCGCCCAGUGCGUGAAGAAGGUCAACCUCUCCUCGUCGUCGACGCCCUCGCCGACGACGCUGUCGCACGUGGUGUUCGGGAUCGCCUCCACGGGCCGCACGCUGCCCAAGCGCCUCCCGCUCCUCCGCGCCUGGCUCCGCCCGCCCGCGCGCGCCUUCCUCUACCUCGACGCGCUCCCUCGCGCCACCCCGUCCCUCCCGCCGAACCUCCACCUCCGCGUCUCCAGCGACGCCUCCCGCUUCCCCUACACCCACCGCCGGGGCCUGCCCUCCGCGGUCCGCGUCGCGCGCAUCGCCAAGGAGCUCCUCCUCGAGCUCCACCACCAGCAGCAGCACGAGCACCUCCGUCCUCGCUGGCUCGUGCUCGGCGACGACGACACCGUCUUCGUCCUCCCGAACCUCCUCGGCACCCUCGCCAAGUACGACUGGCGCGAGCCGUGGUACCUCGGCGCGCGCUCCGAGUCCGCCACGCAGAACGCCCUGCACGCCUUCGCCAUGGCCUUCGGCGGCGGCGGCAUCGCCAUCAGCUGGCCCCUCGCCGACCGCCUCGCCCGCGUCCUCGACUCAUGCAUCAUCAGGUACCCGCACCUCUACGGAAGCGACGGCAGGAUCUACGCCUGCCUCGCCGAGCUCGGCGUCGAGCUCACCCACGAGCCUGGCUUCCACCAGAUCGAUCUUCGUGGGGAUAUAUCUGGACUUCUAAGAGCACAUCCACUUACUCCUCUAGUGUCACUUCACCACCUUGAUCAUGUCUAUCCUCUCUACCCUGGCAUGGAUCGUUCAAAGGCGGCCGAGCAUUUCUUUAGAGCCGCUAAUGCCGAUCCGGCGAGGAUCCUUCAGCAAACAGUGUGCUAUGACCGUUCAAGAUCACUUACUGCUUCAGUAGCAUGGGGCUACUCGGUUCAGGUUUUCAAAGGCAACGUACCGCUUCUUGACCUCCUUGCUGUGCAGAAAACCUUUGUGCCGUGGAGAAGGGCUCGCAAUGUUACAGUUACAGAUGCUUUUAUGUUCAACACCAAGCAUUAUCCGAGGGACGAGUGCAAAAGGGCUGCUCUCUUCUUCCUGAAAAGUAUUUCUUCGGGCGAAGGCAAGACGAAAAGCAAUUACAGUAGGCAGCUCCCUAGAAAAUGCUUACCAAACUUGAUUCCAUUGGGGAAUCUGCAGCAAAUACAGGUGACAUCAGAGCUACUGCAUCUGGUUCCCGGGAAGGCUUUAAGACGACACUGCUGUGACAUCAUACCUUCUUCAUCUGAAACUGCCAUGGACAUUAACAUCAGGAAAUGCAAAGAUGGUGAAUUGAUCGCGAUGCAUUCAUAGUAAUUCUGGAAUAAUAUUGAAUAUAGUCAGAUGUAGUAAGCUCCUCCUUGUAGCCUUUUGUAGUUCCUGAACACCAACUUACACAGUAUCCCAUUUCAAUUGGGUUUGUUUAGGUAGGUAUAUUUAGAGUUAAAAGCAGCAUAAUGUAAUGUAUGACCUGUCCAAAGCAAUAGUAUUGCACCAUUUACAUA